UUGACAGGAGGCGGGACUCGCGUCACCGGUGGAGGUCGGAUGUCGCCUGACCGGAUGAUAACGAGAAGUUUUGUUUUGUGAGUUUACGUAUGAUUGAUCCUUAGAUCAGCACACGGAUCUUAAUGAAUGCGCCGUAAUACAGGUCCCCUGCCUGUCAGCGAGUGUUUUGUGAGUUAUUUGUCUUUGACAGACUGAUCUGGAAGUGUUUGAAGAGUGGAAAUCGAGCACUUGAAAGUAACCCGAGCGCCUUGCUGCCGCGAGCCCGUUCCUGCGCGCUGAAAGACGGUCAGAAACCAUGGGCAACCGGGGGAUGGAGGAUUUGAUCCCCCUGAUCAAUAAACUCCAAGAUGCUUUCAGUUCCAUUGGCCAAAGUUGUAACUUGGAUCUGCCACAGAUAGCCGUAGUUGGAGGACAGAGCGCCGGAAAAAGCUCAGUGCUGGAAAAUUUCGUUGGCAGGGAUUUCCUUCCCCGAGGCUCAGGCAUCGUCACUCGCAGGCCUCUCAUUCUGCAGCUAGUUAACAACAAAGCUGAAUAUGCGGAAUUCUUGCACUGCAAAGGGAGGAAGUUUGUUGACUUUGAUGAAGUUCGGCAGGAAAUUGAAGCCGAGACCGACAGGAUUACCGGUUCCAAUAAGGGGAUCUCUCCAAUUCCCAUCAACCUGAGGGUUUACUCGCCACACGUAUUGAAUCUGACUCUCAUCGAUCUGCCCGGUAUGACUAAGGUUGCGGUGGGCGACCAGCCGCCAGACAUCGAGCACCAGAUUCGAGACAUGCUUUUGCAGUUCGUCACAAGGGAAAGCUGCCUGAUCCUCGCCGUCACCCCGGCCAACACUGACCUGGCCAACUCAGACGCUCUCAAGCUGUCUAAGGAGGUGGACCCUCAAGGACUGCGUACCAUCGGUGUGAUUACUAAACUGGAUCUUAUGGAUGAGGGUACAGACGCCCGGGAUAUCCUGGAAAAUAAACUCCUACCACUGCGUAGAGGUUAUAUUGGCGUAGUGAACCGUAGUCAGAAAGACAUUGAUGGCAAGAAGGACAUCCGUGCUGCAAUGGCAGCAGAAAGGAAGUUCUUCCUGUCCCAUCCCAGUUACAGACACAUGGCUGAACGAAUGGGAACACCACACUUGCAGAAGACCCUCAACCAGCAAUUGACCAACCACAUCCGAGACACGCUCCCCGGCUUGCGCAGCAAACUCCAGUCUCAGCUUCUCUCUCUGGAAAAAGAGGUGGAAGAGUAUAAGAACUUCCGCCCGGAUGACCCUACGCGAAAAACCAAGGCCCUGCUGCAGAUGGUCCAGCAGUUUGGAGUGGACUUUGAGAAGCGCAUCGAAGGGUCCGGAGACCAGGUGGAAACGGCAGAGCUGUCUGGAGGGGCCAGGAUUAACCGGAUUUUCCAUGAGCGCUUCCCCUUUGAGCUGGUCAAGAUCGUGUUUGAUGAGAAGGAGCUCCGGCGAGAAAUCAGUCACGCUAUUAAAAACGUCCAUGGUGUCAGAACGGGGUUGUUCACCCCUGAUCUGGCUUUUGAGACUAUAGUGAAAAAACAGAUCCGCAAACUGAAAGAGCCCAGCCUGAAAUGUGUGGACCUGGUGGUGUCUGAACUCACCACCCUCGUCAGGAACUGUGCCAAGAAGCUAGGCUCUUACCCCAGACUGCGAGAAGAGACAGAGAGGAUUGUCACUAAUUACGUCAGAGAGAGAGAAAGCAAGACCAAGGACCAGGUCCUUCAGCUGAUUGACAUUGAGCUGUCAUACAUCAACACCAACCAUGAGGACUUCAUUGGAUUUGCAAACGCCCAGCAAAGGAAUAUUGUUAACAAGAAGAGGGCCGUUCCUAACCAGGGUGAAAUACUGGUAAUCCGUAAAGGCUGGCUAACCCUCAACAUCAGCAUUAUGAAGGGCGGCUCCAAGGAGUACUGGUUCAUCCUGACGGCCGAAUCGCUGUCCUGGUAUAAGGAUGAGGAGGAAAAAGAGAAGAAAUACAUGCUUCCUCUGGACAACCUGAAGCUCAGAGACGUGGAGAAAGGCUUUAUGUCUACCAAGCACAUUUUUGGAGUCUUCAACACCGAGCAAAGGAACGUCUAUAAGGACUUGCGUCAGAUCGAGCUGGCCUGUGAUACGCAGGAGGACAUGGACAGCUGGAAAGCCUCUUUUCUCCGAGCAGGCGUUUACCCUGAGAAAGAUCAGGUGGAGUCAGAAGAUGCCGCUCCAGCCGACACCUUCUCCAUGGACCCUCAGCUGGAGAGGCAGGUGGAGACCAUCCGUAACCUGGUGGACUCCUACACUUGUAUCGUCAACAAAACCAUCCGAGACCUCAUGCCCAAGACUAUCAUGCAUCUCAUGAUCAACAGCGCGAAAGACUUCAUCCACUCGGAGCUGCUGGCGUACCUGUACUCCUCAGGAGAUCAGAACAGUCUGAUGGAGGAGUCUGCUGACCAGGCCCAGCGCAGAGAUGAGAUGCUGCGUAUGUACCACGCCAUAAAAGAGGCCCUCAACAUCAUCGGUGACAUCAGCACCAGCACUGUGUCCACUCCUGCGCCUCCGCCCGUCAAUGACAACUGGAUUCCAGAGAAUAGCCCCAACACCCAGCGCAGACCGCCUACAUCGGCCCCGCCCCCCAGCAGACCUCCAGCAGUGCGAGGUCCAACACCAGGCCCGCCCACCCUUAACCCCACCCCCUCCUUUGGAGGUCCACCUAUUCCCAAUCGCCCAGGCCAGCCCAUUAAUGCCUUCGGCAACCUGGAUCCUUUCAGUGCGCCGCCACUGAUCCCCUCCCGCCCUGCCCGCAUCCCUCCGGGCAUCCCCAGCAGAAGACCCCCUGGCGCUCCCAACCGGCCCACCAUUAUCCGCCCCGCCGAGCCCUCCCUUCUAGACUAGACCCGUGCACUGGCCAACAUAGGCUGACAGAAAGAAAGAAAGAGAGAGAGAGAAAGGAAGGGCUGGAGAACUGCACUGAAACAUGUGCACGUGUUUCUACACAUACAGCCUCACCAAUAAACUUAAUCCACUCAGACGGUCUUCUGAUCAGCGCUGCUAAUCACAUCCUUACUUUUAAAGCCCAGAGGUCUAAAUUAAGCACCUAAAUAUUCAAAGAAAAUUGUUGUUGUUGCUAUUAUUUUGUUAAACUAAGAGUGAACUAAAGGGUGUAGUGGCCUCCAACUUUCAGUCAUUUCAUCACUCACAUAGGUCAGGUGACCACCAGGGGGUAUCCUACUCAACUUGUGUAGACAAACCAACAACAGAAUCAUUAUGCCUCCUCCUUGACUAGUGGGAUAAUAUGUAUACAAGCACUGUGCAAGCUAGUUGCUGUUUAACGAGCUUGUCUUCUUCCUGUUCUCUGGUAACUUAACGGUGGAUGAAGAUUAUGUCACGUUAUAGACACACUUCAUGUGUUUUUUGUUUUCAUUCUGUUUUCUGGACUCUCUAACUUGAAUUGCUGAAAUAAGACACAAUGACCGCUUUUGUUAUUGCUAUGUGGGAUUGAUUUUGAUUUAAUUUCUUUGUUUUUCAUGUUCAGUUGGCCAUUUGUUAUGUUUGACGCCCUUCCAAAUGGCACUUAGUACCAAGAGACUGUUAAUUAUAACACCGUAGCAGCUAACCAAUCAGAGAAAUGCAAACAUAUAAGUUCAUAAUUCAAAAAUGUAGAUGUUGACGCUCCUGUUUGGUGUUAACUGGCGACAUCCUCUUUCUGUUGGGUCGUCAAAUUUGGUUCUUGAAAAGCACUUCUGGAUUUCUAGUGAAUGGAAUUUCUUAGGUAGUCAGAGGAAAAGAAGGAGGUGCAAUUUGUAUGCAAAUCACUGUAAUGAUCUGUUUGUGUAUAUAUAAUCCUGGAAAGCAUGCUAACCACUCAUGACGGGCCGACCCGUCAGAGCUCAGGUAACAACCGACUCCAAAUCUGUUAACCGUUUAUGCUAGCUUAGCGUUCUGAUCAUUGUAACUUAAAUUAAUUGGCAAGACCUUUAUGGGGCGCUUUUAUUUUCGCAUUCAGGGAUGGUGAGGGUCAGGGGAGCGUUUAUGAGUGGGAAGAACAACAGGAAGUGGGAAUGCACUCAAACACAAGGUCACUGAACAUGGUACAUGCAGGUGUGUUUGGGGUUGUAGGGCGUUUGCUUUAUGGAACCAUUACGUUCUCGCCUACAAAGACACAGCAAACUUUCUGAACUCAAAAAAAGCUUAACAAAAACAACAGUGAACCUUUAAUGUAGAGAUCAUCGUAAAUGUUUUUCUGAGUGUAUUAUUUAUAACCUGGGCAUUUUUUACAAACUGUUUGCUUCGUAGUAGAACAACAGUUAUUCUUCGCUAAUGACAGAUUUAUGGCCCGUCAGUUGCGAUAACAAUGGUUGAAUACAGAAUUCAGAGAGAAAGCUGUCCAGCUGGUUUCCUGUUGAUCCUGUUUUGAUUGCAGAAUCUUUGCCGUUUGCCUUUAUUGAUGUUCGUGCAAGAAAAUGGGCUGUGACAAAUUUUGUUUUCUUGAUUAGCCUGACAAUAGGGAUUUUGGUGUGAGCGGGCCUUUGAUUUUAGCGCCAAUUUGUCUGUAAAUAAUCGAAGGCUUGGAGUCGGACUCGAGAUUAAACUUAAAAAUUAGCUGCAGAUAUCAGGGCCGAACGCUCUUAAAUCACUCCUGUGUGUUAUGGCUAAAGUGAUGGCAACCACUGCUCCUUCUUCAGUCAGUUCAAGUCUUGAAUUAAAAUUUUAUCCAGCUGUGUCCUUUACGAUUUAAAAUUACUUCAACAUCUGUUAAGAACUGGAUGAAGCCCUGAUCACUGCAGCCAUAACUUUUCCUCUGGUCUUUUCUCAUGGUGACCCAAUCCCCAUCUCUCUCUCUCUCUAAUAAUGGUGUCCUUUUGUGGCGUGAGGGACUGAGGACAUAUUUAGCAUUCUUUUUUUAUGCUUUUGGAAUAACAAAUAAUUGUCAAGUGCCUGUGUAGCAAAUUAAAAUGGACUUGGAGCAAAAUCCACAUUGAGAAUUGGAAGUGAGAUGAUAAUAAAGAUGUUGUGUAUAAUAAAGAUCUGGCACUCUGGUGGUCGGUGUUUCCUUG